CUAAAAAUUCUGUCUUUGCUCCUUUUUUUUUCGUGGCUUAUACCUUUUUCGAUCUUUCGCUGAAAGGGCAGACGGAAUCAAUCAUGAGAGGAACAAAACGUCUCGCCACAUCGUCGUCGGAGCUGGCGCCGGAGUCCAAUGAGACGAAUAUGCGGACUAAAAGGGCAAUGGGAUCCUUUUUUGAUGUUCACAAGGCAGAAACAUCGCAGCAGCCGUUAACAACUGCAACCCCAUCAUCAUUGGAUGUGCUGCGGGCUGAGUCCUCUCGACAGCAUGUGAGAGCUCUCAAUUCCCAAUUUGCCAGCUGGGUGCAAACACAAUUUAAGAAUCACCCUGAUGAACUUUGGGAAGAUGGACUACGUGACUAUCUUGCUCAUGCAUCCAGUAUCAUGGAAAAGUUCAGUGAUGUAGUCAACUGGUUAAAGGCAAAUGCAGCCAAGGGAGGACCUGGUGCUGAAUCUUCUGCCAGUGACAAAAAAUCAUCACCUGAAACUAAUAAGAGAAAUGAGAACAAUUUAUCUAACGAGAAAGCACCUUCUUUUGCUUCAACAAGUGCGAGCUUUACUACAGCUGCAUGGCCAUCUACCAUAUUCUCCAACAACCAAAGCUCCGGAGCAGUGUCUGUUAGUAAAAACUCUGGCUCACUUCUGUCAAAUAGCCAAAGCUCUGGAAUGUUCUCUGGUAGCCAAAGCCUUGUCUUACCUCCAAACAGUCAAACCUCUGGAUUGUUAUCGAGCAGUAGUACUGGGAUUUUCUCAAAUAGCAAGUUGGGAUCCUUGGCCAACAAUCAAAGUGCUGGUUUGUUCCCCAAAAAUCAAACCCAAAGUUCCGGAUUACUAUCAAAUAGUCAAGGUGCUGGGUUAUUUUCAAAUAGCCAAACCCCAACUUUUGGGUCACUAUCCAAUAGCCAAGGUGGUAAUCUAUUAUCGAGUAGCUCCGGCCCUACAUUGUUUUCAAACAGUCCAAGUACUGGGUUCUUUUCCAGCAGUCCAAGUAGUGGAUUGUUUUCUGGGAGUCCAAGUUCUGUGGGAGGGUUUGCCAGCACGCCAGCUCCUAUCUUGUUUGGUGGUCAAAAUUCAGACACCACAAACAAUAAUGCUUCAGAUGAAGCAGAUGAUGGAGAUGAAUUGCCGAAGCCUGGCAGUCCAUCAGUGAAGAAGGUUGAGGAGAAGGGUGUUGUCGUUGUCUAUCAAGUCAAGUGCAAACUCUAUGUCAAGUCAAUUGAUCCUGCAGAUAAAGACACAUGGAAGGACAAAGGACCAGGGCAGCUUUCUAUAAAAUGUGCCGAGGGUGUCAACAAGGGGACGAAAGAAUCAAACCCAACUCUUAUAAUUCGUAAUGAUUUGGGGAAAGUCCUGCUAAAUGCUUUGCUGUACCCAGGAAUCAAGACGAGUUUACAGAAGAAUUCAGUGGUUGCCAUAUUUCAUGUGGCGGCUGAUGAUUCUGGCAGCGACGACAGUGUUGUGGCAAGGACAUUCUUGAUCCGAACAAAAACAGAGGAUGAUCGGGACAAACUAGCAACAGUAAUCCGGGAAUACGCACCUGAAUCAUGAAUGUAGCAGUGUGUACAUCACCACCAUGAUCUCUUCUUUGGCUAUUAAGGUUUCGCAGUUUUGCAGUGGAUUGUGCUUGUUAAAGAGGGAGAAUAGGAAAGGAAAGAACCUCAAGAAUAAUAAGGGUCAGUUAAUUUAAAUUAUUUUCUCUGUACUUUUUUGCUCAUUUGAAACCUCAUGGAGAUUAGUUGUACUAUGAACAUGUACCAUAUGACGAAUGAUAAGAAAGGCUUUUGACCCUU